AUGAAGGAAGAUAAGAAAAGCACAAAUGGUGAAUAUGUAGCAGGUACAAAUUUUAGAUAUGGUCAGGUGGUUUAUGGAAGAAUGCCAGGAUAUCCUCAAUGGCCAGCUAGAGUUCAUGAUCCAAGUAAAUCAAUUUCUUCUGCUGUUAGAAAAGCUCAACCAAAAAGUAGUCCUAUUAUAUUGCUUCAUUUCUUUUCGAGUAAUGAUUAUGCAUGGUUAACACCAGAUUCAGUAACAGAUUUUUUAGAAAACCACCCACAUAAGAAUCAACCAAAGAGUAAACAAUGGCAAAAAGCAUAUAAUGCAGCAAUCAAAUAUUUAAAAAAUUCAGAGAGUGAACCAGAUAGUGAUUCUGAUGGAGAUUAUUCUGGUUCGGAUGAUUCAAAUAUAGAGAGCGCAUCCUCAAGUAGUGAGUCUGAGAGUGAAAAAGUUAAAACGUCGAAAAAAUCAGAGAAAUCAACCAGUGGUAGUAGUAGUAUUAUUAAUAAUAGUAGUAGUAGUAGUAAAUCAUCAGAUUCCAAAAAAAAAUCAUCAUCAUCAUCAUCGUCAUCGUCAUCAUCAUUAUCAUCAAACUUAAAAUCAGAAUCUAAAAAAUCAACAUCCUCAUUAAAAUCAAAAUCUAAUGGUAGCUCCAAAGUUAAAGCAUCAAAACCAGAUAAAACUCCAGAACCUAUUAAAACAGAGUCUUCAUCCACAAAAUCUGAAGGAAAAACGGAAAAGGCUAAAUUGAAAAAAGAAACAGUAUCACCAACAUUGUCCUCGUCAUCAUCAUCGUCAUCAAAAAAGAAAUCAAGUACCAACAGUAGUAAUGGAAAAAGAAAAAUUAAAAGCAUCAGUAGUGAUAGUGAAAGUAGUGACAGUGAUAGCGAUAGUUUAAGUGAUAGUGAUAGUAUGAGUGAUUCAGAUUUUAGCAGUAGUGAAGAUGAGGAAAAACAUAAAAAACAUAAGAGGUUAAAGAAAUUGGUAGAUCAACCACCAAAGAAAAAAGAAAAACUUAGUAAUGGUGGCAGUAAAAAAGAAAUAGCAAGUAAAUCUUCCAAAGUAACCACAGCCAUUACUACAACAAUUGCAGAGACGCCACAACAAUCAAUAAAGAAAUCAUCCACAUCAUCAUCAUCGUCAUCAUCAUCGUCAUCACCACCCCUAAGGUCACCAAUUACAACCACAACUACAACAACCACAACUACAUUAAUGUCACCACCAACUCAACAUCAAUCCAAUCAAAAUUCACUCAGUAGUAGUAAUAAACUUUUAUCAAAAUUAACAAAUACAAAGAUUCCAAUUGUUUCAUCCUCUUCAACAACUACUACAUCAAAUGGAAAUGGUUUGGGUAAUGGUGGUUCUAUAAUAGGUGUCAUUGGAAAUAGUAUAACCAACAAUGGUAGUAGUGGUAAUAGUAAUAGUAGUAGUAAUAGUAUUAAUAGCAGUAGCAUCACCAAUAGUAAUAGUACAAAUAUCAUUGAUUUUUCAAUAGAUGAUAAACCUUAUUAUAAAGAUCCACCCAUUUAUUCGACAGCAGCACCAACAAAAACAGGUAAAUUAGGAUCGAACCGAAUUUCAUCAGAACCUUCACCUUGGAGUAUUGAUACCUCUGACAUUAGACAGCAAAGUUCACCAACGAUUCAAGCACACAACAUGAGUGCUACAACCAUUGGAGGAACCAGUAUCAAUGGAACAACUAGCAGUAUUUAUGACUCCUAUACCAGUAAAUAUGGAAUGGGUAUCAAUCCUGAUCCAUACACUAGUUACACAAGCAAUAGCAGCGCAACUCGAUAUGUCGAUGAUUAUUAUGCAUCCUCAUUAUUUAAAGAUCCAUUACUUUCAUCCAGUAGCACAACAACAACAUCAACCACAACUACACCAUUACCAAAAACCUAUUACCAAACUUACAGUGUAAUAGAUGUACAAAAAUCACCUUACUCUUCAUAUAAACCAACUUCAUCAAUUUCAUCUUCAACAACAUCAACUCCCAUUUCACUUUCAACUACUACAACCACUUCUUCAACAUCAUCAUCAUCGUCAUCAUCAACACAACCACCACAUAAUCAAUCAUCAACCUCUUUGUAUAGCCCACACAACCACCAUCUACACCACCACAGCCAUCAUGAUAUUUUAGAUAGCAGAAUUUCACCUCCAAAACAGCAUCCUAUUGAUCCUUACUAUGAAGAUGAUUACAGAGAUAGAAGGUAUAGCAGACCGCCAUUACCACAUCAACAACAACAACAACAGCAACAACAGCAACAACAACAGCAACAACAACAACCAAUUUCACCAUACUCAAAUAGAAAUGAUUUAGAUAGAAGAGAUCAUUACCAUGAUUCAUCACUUUCCCCAUCACCCUAUAAAUCAAGAGAUCAAUCCCUCCCACCAAGAAGAAGGGACGAUGGGUAUUUACCACCUCCAUCACAAACUCAAACCAAUUCUUCAUCAACAUUACCUCAAAACAGAGAUUUAAGAAUAAAUGAUUAUAAUGACAGAGAUUUUAGAGACAGCCAUCCAA